CAGUCGAACUCCUUCGCCACUGGACGACGGACGUCGUCGUCGUCGUCGCCGUUAUCCACGAGAGACCGGGGACCAACGCUGGCCCGAUCAUGUCGCGCAUCAUGAUCGGUAUCCUGAUGAUACUCGCGGCGAUCGCGCGCGGUUGUACCGCUUGCCCGUUCUGCGUCAGGCAGCAGCAAUUGCAGCAGCUGCAGCAGCAACAGCCGCAACCGCAGCAGCAACCGUACUGGACGAUCGGCAGUCCAAGACCGUUUGGCGUCGACAAGCCGACCCGCGUCCAAGAGUUCAACCGGACCGGCGUGCUGCACCCGGAGUACCAGAUACCGGCGACAAUCCGACCCGGCAACGUGUCUCAGUUCUAUUACCUAAGCCCACGGGAAGGUCCGCCCCUCACGUUACUCGUUAGCCCGUGCAGUGGCCCGAUAUCUUGGACGGUCAGUUACGUGGAGCCACCCGAAAAUGAUCAGGAAGCGGAAGGAAUGAAAUCGCAAACGCGGUGGCCCGUGAAGACCCUGAAGCCGGGCUCUCCUCUCUUUACGUACGAAGGUGCGGAGGAUCAAAAUUUCACGAUACCAAAGACGCGAGCCGGUCUUUACUGGUUCGAGAUCAAAUCUGUGGAGUCCACGGAACGAUCGCCCGGCACCGUGCUUCUGUACGCGACAUCCAGUGCCCUGGAUCACAUACCAGGCUUGUACGCGAGCGACAAGGGACAUCGACAUCGCUCGCUGAGGUUUCAGCAACGACGAAGCAAACGGCGAUUGACGGUAUCCUGGAACAAAAGUUAUGUAGAUCCUCAUCUCUCGAGCUACUGUUUAGCUGUCACUUCGGGCUCGCAGCUGCACCCGUCGACACUCUGCGCCGCUCAGAAAGUUCUGAAAGCUCAUCCGCAUUCGGCGAGAACCGGCUCUUCCUCGAAGGAGCAUCAUCGCCGGGGCAUCCCGGAAGGACUGCACUGCGUGCGGCAGACGAAGCUGACGCUUCACAAAAUGAGAUACGACACUACGUACAACUUUACUCUUUAUGUGGUGAACACUCGAAACAACGUUUCCAAUCGAGUCGCGACGGACUCUAUUAGAUUCAAGAGGACUCCGGAGUUAAUGUUACACACCGGUCAUUACACCACUGCUAAUCUCCGAAAAACGGACGGUUUCGUCAACUUUCGGUAUCGCCCACCGGACAACACCUCGAGUACCUUUCACAUACUCCCUUGUGGCGGAGGCAUCGUGAAGGCGAAAUUAAGCGGGCAAGGCAUAUUACGGGAAAAAGAAGUGGUUGGAUAUGCUUCAUUGCAUGUACCUCCCCUACCGCCCGGUAAAACGUACACGUUACGUAUAUCGACUACACCGCAAGAACUGAUCCGAGUAUCCACCAUAAAAGUGCUGGCCACGCAGGAGCCAUCAGCCACCAUUUAUCCGCAAAUACCGCAUAAAAGUCCGCCGCAAGAGUACCGCGCCAUGAGGACCUGUCACGAGGUGACAAUAGGCGUGGAAUCGGCUGGCACCGCGAAAUACUGCAUCCUGGUGAAGGAGUUGCGGAGUUCGUCGUCCUUGGCCAGUGUCACGACCGUUCCGGAUCAGUGCGGAUUGCAUCGGCGCAGACGGUCCGAGUACACGUUCGAGGUUUGCGAGGAGAAGCAAGACCCUCCGAAGGACAAGGCGCUGACGUUCACCUUGAAAAGACUGCAGCCCGGCAAGGCUUACCUCCUGCAGGUCACGGCGCAGCAAAUGGGCCAGUCCUUGUCCUAUCCAUUGCUAGGUGUGCGCACACAACGUUCCUGCGUCACGUAAUCUUAAUCAUGAUUCCUAUUGAGCGAACUGUAAGAGCGACGCGACGACAAUCUACCCGAGCACCGUUAGUCACUCCUAGGCCCACUUAUUUCUCGCUGAAUAAUGUUUAAUAUUAAAUAAGUGAUAUAUUCACACAAUAUUUUUCUUCGAGAAUUGAAGAAAUUGUAGUUUAUUUUUUAUAAUCUCAGAAAUAUAUUAUAAAAAGUCGUAUUCCACAUCCAGCAUCGUGUUCUUAAGUCUCUCACAUGCGAGUAUAUCGUUUCAAAAUUGCAUUUAGAAUCAAUACGAGAAAAUAUUUUAUGAUAUUUAAAGUAACUGUCCUCUACAUAAACAUUUUAUUUUAUCUGUGUAUGAAAUAUUUCAUUUUAUCAUUAAAGUUCCGUUCGUCAAUGUUGAAUGAGAAUUAAAUUAAAUUUUACAUUAAAUGUACAAAUAACACGGCUGAUGAGGAGCUUGCGGAUUUGAGGAUUAUCUGCAGUCGCAUUUCGAGGCACAGUCAUCUAGUCUAGAUUUUACGAUUUACAAACGUACAAUCAGCGAUAAAUGCGAAGUGACCAUAAACGUAUACAUCAACGUAUAUUUUGAUACUUGUAUAACAUAUAUGUACAUUCUUACAUAAUUUUAAGCUCUUUUAUACGUAUGCCUUUUUUAGUCCAAAUAGGUACACUGACGUACGUGUAAUGUGUGGAUGUAAAUUAACUUGAAAUCGAGGAAAUAGGUAAAUCAAUUCGGGAAAGUAGUAAAUGAUAAUUUACGAGCAAUGACGCGAAACUUUUUUUCGUAUACUAGAUAGAUUCGUAAUAAAAAUCGUAAAAGUCCUUCCUUCAUUGUUUUAUACUUUGUAUAAUAAAUUCAAUAAUAAAAGUGCAGCAUACUCCUA